AUGGCUUCCAUACAGCGAAUUGCGGCCAACGCCGUCUCACUCAACCCCGAGGUCAAUUUCUCGAUUUUCCAUGCGAAUAUCGACUUUUCUCUGCGCAAGUGCGAAGCUCCUGCUGAGUUGCUCCCACUCGGCCAAACACUCUCUAGGCAGCGUCGGGAACUGGCCGAAGAGGGCUCUCUUCAUAUCCUGGCCCGUCGUCUCGGGUUUCUUUUCGAAGACAUUCUCCCCAAAGUGCCUUCCCUUCUUAAGGCUUAUGGCACUCGUGCCAGCGAGAUUGCUAGCGAGUCUGGCGAAGGCAAGUCACCAUCCAAGAGUAUCAGCGAUGGGAUCUUUGGUCCUCAUAUAGGCAUCGACAGUACCAGCAUCUGGGCAGGUGCUACGAGCGGCAGGCCCGCACUCCUGAUGCAUCUUUUAGCGUGUAUGCUGGCGCGUAUUUUUUCGCCACAAGAAGCAACCGCGAUCUGGGCCGAGGUCGUUGACCUGCGACGUCAAGCAGUCAAAAAGCAAGCUGCGGACGGCGAUGGGACCAGCAAUGUUUUAGCCCAGCUAGCAGCUCAAUAUGACACGGAUUGGUCGAGCCUACAAGGUUGGGAUGCGAGCGCUCGUUCCUGGCUGCAGAUCGCCGACAGCAGUUCGUUCAGAGGGAAACAAAAGCAGAUCGAGUUGAUUGCGAACAACCUGUCGGUCUCGAUCCAGACUCAGAUCACACCAAAUGGAAUAGGACUACCGGCAUCUGGCAAGACCAUCGUGGCGGACAGUGUCAUUCACAAUUUUUGCACAGCAUUGUCAGCUCUGGAUAAUCUGAUCUCCGGGAAGCCACAGCGCAUUCUUGACGGCGGAGUCCUUCUCGGCCUUACUUCGUGGCAUUUGUAUCCUGAUCUGGUGCUUCUCGGACCGAUGACUAUAGAGCGUCAACAAACUGAUCCUCUCGUGGCCCAAGGUGGCAUUGCAACCCUCUCCAUCGCAUAUCAGGAAGACCCCCAUGGCAAUCAGGACGGGGUCUACUGGUCGCUACCCCUGUCCAGUCUCCGUUAUUAUGGGAAGGUCGAUUGCAAGAGGUCUUCCCUACACGACUCUAAGAUAUCAAUUCCCGAAUUCCAGGCCCUCAUACUAGGUGCUACGCUAGACUCUUUGGAUAAUCUUUCGGCAGCGGUCGACAUCAUCCAAUCCUUGUGGGUUUCCAAUCGUACGGCGUACCGAGAUGCCUUGCAACAUAUACGAAACAACCCAAUUCCUCCCCAAGCAACCUACCCACAGUCGAACAAUAGACCCAAAGCGUUGCAAUACGACCUUGAGAACUCCCGAAUCACGGAACUCACUAAGCGACAGUUGGUGGAUGUGGUACAUGAUCUUCACAUAUUGUCCCCAUUGAUGGGGGGUGUUGAGCUUUUUCUGUCCAGCAAUGAAGAAGACAAGAGAGUCGCAUUGCAACUCAUAAGAUACGGAGCGAACUGCGCUACUAGCUGGAUCGGAAACGUCUCGAAUAAUGAUCAUCAUCCGUUCUUCGGUGUCACUGAUCUCUCCUUCCUCCUUCAGGCGAUUCAUCGACCAUCGGAACGGGUCCGGGUUCUCCAGGAGAUCUAUCAGUCGCAGUGCGGCGAGCCAGAUGCAUGCAUAAUCCGCUUCAAGAAAGAAGACGAUACAUGGGACUAUGCAUCUUUGCUGCAAGCCGUGGCACCCCACAGUCGCAAAAGAAGUAGGAGUCAUUUUGAAUCAGAUUCAGACAACACCCUAACGCCAGGUACCCCGAUGAAUGAAGAAUGGGUUUUUCUCUCUUCGACAACAGGCCUACCUAGCUUCAACUCCGACUCGAUGCCAGAUUAUAACUGCGACCUAUCGCCAGAGGAUACAUAUCGCGAUGAUCAUAUCUUCACGAGUUUUCUGAAUUACGACCAGGGGGCUUCCACCACAAUUGUCUGGGACUUUGUGCUCGGGAUACAUAACCUGGCUGCUGUGUACAUACGACGCGGCAGGUCCAAGAAGGAGAGCGCCCCGCGUCCAGUUGUACCGUUAGCUACAGUGCAGCGGCUCGUGAAGAAUGGGAGUCUUGACCUUCAGAUUGCAAUGGCUCGCAUCCAGCAGUACUUUGCGCGUCAGCGACCAGACCACCAUUUCUCUCUCCUGACCCUGGGCCGCAUUACAGAUCAUUAUAAGCACGACUUCCCCCACUUAAAGCUCUCAAUGGGAGUAAUCAAAGAGUGCCUGGCAAACUGGACAUGGGCGAGAAGCGUGGUGAAAGACCUGGAAACCCAGCAUCUGGAAGCUGCUUCGCUCGCGUGCAACGGAAUUAUCACUGAGUCCAUUUACCCGCGACCGUUGACUCGGCAGCAAGCUUUUGCUUCCAUUCUACAAUUUGAGUCAGGCUCGCUUUCAGUAAAUGUAGACGAGAUGGAGAAGGUGAUGGCGAUUUCCAGUGGAAACUCUCUCUUUAUUGCGCAAAGUGUCCUGAACGAUCCUAUUCCGCCGGCAAACAUGACAUCAGGUGCUGUCGUACACGCUAUCGGUAAUGUCGGAAAACCAGGGAUUGCUCUCCUAGUCGCGCCCGAGCAGCCGGAAAUCAGGGAGCACGACGUCGAGAAGUGGCACGUCGUCAACCACAACCCGUUUGAUGGAAGUCCAUCGGGCGGAUCAUUCGAGGCGUCGUCGCUUCACAUGUCUUUUACCGGGUGGGAAGGACCACUAAGGGUUCGAGGACCCUCCGCGUUCCGGGGCAUGGAGGCAUAUAAUCUCGAAACACGGAUCUCCAUGUACGAUCAGGCAGAAUGGGUUGCGGACCUGGACAUCCUUGAAGCGCUUGACUCUUCGCCUGAUAUUAGGUCCUGCGGACUACACAAGAAGCAGUGCGGCCAUGACCCGUCAAUUAGCGCGACCGGGAUGGAGUUUGUGUCCAUUGAUUGCUGGGAAGAGUUGCUAAGCCCGGCCGAUAGGCCUAUGGUGUUGCGCUCUGGGUCGUCGUGGAUGGCGCGUUUGACGGGCGUUAGUAUUGCGUCCUCGAAAGGCUUCAGGUGUUUUCUUUUGCCUGUGCAUAAGGAUAUUUGUUGGACUUGCGUUGUAGACGACGCUGGACUCCGGAAUGUUGCUGACAGGAAGAUUCUGUUUGUAUACUGA